GAGGCCGAGGGCAGUUUGACGCCGGGACUGUCCAGUGAGCGAGCCAGCGAGCGAGCGAGAGAGCGAGCGCGCCGGGAACCCGCAGCCACAGCAGCCCCGGAGCCACAGCAACAGCCGCAGCCGCCGUCCGCGGAGUCCAGCCCAGCCGGCCAUGGCGCUGUCGAUGCCCCUGAACGGGUUGAAGGAGGAGGACAAAGAGCCCCUCAUCGAGCUCUUCGUCAAGGCUGGCAGUGAUGGCGAGAGCAUAGGAAACUGCCCCUUUUCACAGAGGCUCUUCAUGAUUCUUUGGCUCAAAGGAGUUGUGUUUAGUGUCACAACUGUUGACCUGAAAAGGAAGCCUGCAGAUCUGCAGAACUUGGCUCCCGGGACCCACCCACCGUUUAUAACCUUCAACAGCGAAGUCAAAACGGAUGUAAAUAAGAUUGAGGAAUUUCUUGAAGAAGUCUUGUGCCCCCCCAAGUACUUAAAGCUUUCACCAAAACACCCAGAGUCAAACACUGCUGGAAUGGACAUCUUUGCCAAAUUCUCUGCUUACAUCAAGAACUCAAGGCCAGAAGCUAAUGAAGCACUGGAGCGGGGACUCUUGAAGACGCUGCAGAAACUGGAUGAGUAUCUGAAUUCUCCCCUCCCUGAUGAAAUCGAUGAGAACAGCAUGGAGGACAUCAAGUUUUCCACACGGAGAUUUCUGGAUGGUGAUGAGAUGACACUAGCAGAUUGCAACCUGCUGCCCAAGCUGCACAUUGUCAAGGUGGUGGCCAAAAAAUACCGCAACUUUGAUAUUCCUAAAGAAAUGACGGGUAUCUGGAGAUACCUGACAAACGCCUACGGUAGGGAUGAGUUCACCAACACCUGUCCCAGCGACAAGGAGGUGGAAAUCGCAUACAGUGAUGUUGCCAAGAGACUUACCAAGUAAACAGCACUUUCAAGAGAGAUGCCUUCAGAGUCCCCCAAAAUAAGCUUUCCUAACAGACUGCUCUGCCUCCUCUAAAGUAGAAGUGUAUUUUGCAUGAACAUGCAGUUACUCAAGGCUAGGAUUAAAGAUAGACAAAGUGUAGUAGUUAUCUCCAAUACACACUCCUAAGCAGUAUUAUUCUAAAAUCCUCUACCCGGCCCACCUGCCCUUCCCAUCUGCUGUCCUCUGGUUCGGAGGUACUCCACCACAAGCUCGUCACAGGAGAGGCAGUUUGCCAUCACUCUGGAGCCCCGCCAUCGUGUCUAUUCACCGUGUGCAGAUGGCAGAACUUGAGGUGCAGUGUUCCACCGUUAGAAUAGUAGCCGUGACAUCCGGGCAGCCCACACUGGUGUAUAAUACAUGGUACAAAGAAUAUUUAUGUAUCGGGGGAGAGUUGUAAUAUUGAAUAAGGAUUAUGGAAGGAUUGCUACUGUGUUGGAAUGCUGUUUCAGUGUCGUCUGUCCUGGAGUGUGCUGAAGGGUGUUGCUGUCUGGAAGGACUGCCUUUUGUAGAGAGACUGCUGGUUUCUUGGUAGACAGUUAAUUUUGCCUAAAAUGUGUCAUUUGUAUAAAUCAUAACAUCCGAUACUAUGUAGAAACUGAAAAUUCUCAAAAAGAUAAGAGAAGAUGGGUGGGUUCUCUGUUGUGUUAUCUGCUGUGGGUUUCACCCAGGGCCACCCAUGCAUUUGCAACAGUAUUGCUGCCUUCAUUAUAACAGGUUUUCUCUUGCCCCCCCCCCCCCCCUUUUCCUAUGGAGCUUGGGAUGGAACCCAGGGCUUUGUGCAGCCCUGACAAGGCUCUGUCCCUGAGCUGCACCAAGCCCCGCUUCCCUCUUGUAAAAAGCUCCUUUCUUGGGUGAAGGUGUAUCUGCCUGUCUGAGCAACAUUGCACAGGCUGCCACUCAGCUGCCUCACUCUGUAACUAGCAUGUGAGUCACUCAGAAGUUAAUGGAGUUUCAGGGUCAGCUUGUGGGAAUGUCAGGUUCACUUUUCUCCUAAAGCGGACUCUUGGCGGGGGGGGGGGGUGGGAGAGUGGAAGAAUGCAACAUCUGCCCAUCUUAAGCUCCCAUGAAGCAUAGGUCACAUGCUCCCAUUCCACCUCCAUUUGCAUUAGGCCUAGUGGGAGGUCCUUCUCUUGGGAUAAAUUGUGGUUGUUCAUAGUGAGGUGUAUUUCCCAUAGUUUGGCCUAAUGUCAGUUGCCACACUGAGGAAUGGCACUCCGUUUUUUUUUCUUGCCAUUUGUUUUGAGAUAAGAUGUUUCUCGGAAGCCCUGGGACUUGAUAGGUGGACCAAGCUGACCUCAAAGUUGUGGCAAUCCUCCUGCAUUUGCGUCCUGCAUGCUGGGAUUAUGAGCCUGCACCAGCAUAUCUGGCUUGUUUUCUCAUUUUUUGCAGGAAGUCUAAGCUGACAGUUAUUUGAAGUCUAACAAAGGAGAGGUCUGCUGUGUCUUCACUGUCUCCCUUUCUGAGUAGCCCUCUAGAGCCUCCUCGUGACUGUACUAUGUUUUUGGUGAUUUUUUUCUAAUGUAACUUGUUCAAGAAGUGCUGUUUCCCACAACUUUCCACCCCACACUACACUGCUUUAAGGCAGCCUGCCCUCCCCUUUGGUAUGCAGAAAGUAAAUAAACACCGGGAAGCAUUCUGACUCAUCAGCAGCCCCCUUUUAAAACUUACCCGUAAUUCCCUUACUGUGGGGUACAAGGGAGGGCUUACCAUGUAUCCCUGUGGCUCAGGGAGAUGCCUUGGCCGUGGCUCACACCCUUACAGCUGACAGGGUGUGAGCGCCCAUCGCUGCAAACGCUGUGAGGUGAUGUGUCUGGUUCCAGCCAGAGGCACUAUCUCUUCUCCUUUGAGAAGGGACCCUGCAGUGUCUCCAUGGGCAGAAGUGUCCCAUCUUUACAUAGUGACAGCUUAUCCUUGGAUGGGAUUGCGUCUUUCGUGAGGAAGAUUCCAGAGAACGAAUGACUGCUCUUUCUGCAAGUGGACGCAGUGAGGGCUUCUCACUAGAGGUAGAGCAGGACAGCGAAGAGUCAGGAUGCACUGAAGCUGGGUGAGAUGCCCACCCUUGGGUGUUCAUUCUCCAUGGCUUCCUAAUUUGCCUCAUGGCUGCUCUUGCUGUCUUUGGAUGUCCAAGGAAGGGAAGCCUGCCUUGGUUUUUGAGACAAAGGCAGAAUUGUUAUUCUCAGUAGAGUGAUACAUUUUAGUUUUAUAUGAGAAAAGUCAGACAAAUUUGAGAGUGGUGGUAAAUGGACAAAAGCUAUAAAAAGGAAGGCCCGCACAAGUGCUCACUACUCCAUCUGUGCAAAGAUCCUGGCUUGGAAGAUGGAAAUGUGUUUCCGUGCCCUUGAUGCAGUGUGGGGCUGGAAUACAGGGUCAUCUAGUCUCAUGUCCACACCAGUGACUCAUCCUUGCGUUUAGCCCCCUUCCCUACGAGCCCUUCACCUCAGAGAGGGGGUUCUGAGUGGAGCCUCCCUCCCUGUUUCAGUGGAUACUGAGAAAAUAUUCAACAGUGGGAAAACUCACUGUUGUAAUUAUCACACCUUCCUGUGUUCUGCAGAUACAGAUUUUCAGUGCAGUGCACAUAAGAUUUUCUCAGUGACAUUAGCUUCCAAACUCUUGAGCAGUUUGCACACCAUUAUGAGAUUGAGUGUUUGUGCACUAGGAGGGUCAGCACCAGAACUUAGGCAUUUAUACUUCUGCUGAGUUAUUCCAGAGCCUCGCCAGACUUGCAUGUAGAUAGGAGUCAUUUCUUCAUAUUUAAGAAACCCAUUUAGGAAAGAUCUACAAAGUACAAGUGGGGGGAAGUAGAAAUUAUUUUAGUGAAGAUUUUGGUCCACACCUCAUCAAAUGGCAAUGAAUUCACCAGUCUCUUAGGCUGGUGAUAAUCAUGUGGGUCAGAGAGAGCGUGUGAGCCUUUGUCAAGAAACUUAAGGUAGGUUUCUAAAGGUUCAUCUUUACAAUUACCAAAGUGGGAGGCAACUAAAAUUAUUUUAUGGUGGAAAAUUUUUAAGUCCCAAGCCAUAAAAAUUCAGUUCCCAAGCCACGAUGCUGUACAGGACUGGAGUGUUUCUUUAUAGAAUUCCUUGGGUAGGGAUGAAAGCUCAGCACAGAAUGCUUGCAGUUUCUUUCUUCUCUCUGGAACAUCAACACCAGUAUAUUGCUGGCAGCUAUUGUAUUCUAAAAAAGUAAAUAAAUAUAUUUUCACUA